AUGACUGGACGAACUUCAUAUCCAGAAAAUUAUGGUGGUGAUAAUGAAUGGAAAAUCGGUUCAUUAUUAACACCAGCUCUAUAUAGUGCAUUUCAACAUCAAACUGCUAUACUAAAAAAUGAUUUAUUAGGAAUGAGUGUUGAACCUGUAACACAAAAUGAACAACAAGUUCAACUAAAUGAUGUAUCACCAUCAAAUGUUGAAUUUGUAUCAAAAAUACUUAAUAAUUUUGUUAAUUAUAUAACAUCAUUUGUUCAAAAUGUUCCAUUAAGUAUUGUUCAAACAUGGUAUAGUAAUUUUCAACGAUGUGGUACAGAUAAUCCAAAUUUUUGGAAACAGCAAAAUUAA